UCAAGGGGGUGGAACACUGGAAGUGUGUUCAUCCGUCAUGUUUACUUGUUGAAUGGGUUGUAUUGCAAAUAAUUUCACGAAUUUGCUGGGAUUUUAUUACGUAUAAUCUUGCACAACUACGAAAAUGAUUAAGACCGAAAAGAUUCUGCACCUCAAGAGUUCGCGUGGCCGGAAGGUUCGGGUAGUGCGAGAGCACUAUUUGCGAGAACACAUACCAUGUUUCAGCGCUCUCUGUCAAGCCGAUUGCGCCAACGAAGGGAAGAUUCUGUCGGGGGAUCUGACGCACUACGUCGUGCCGGACGCGGGGGUUGUUCGGGACUUCCUGGAGGUGCUGGAGUUCAGGGAGCUGCGGGGGAUCGUGUUCACGCAGACGGCUUGUCAGGCAGUGCAGCACAGCCGCGGACGCAGACAGUAUAACCGGCUGCGCAGUCUGCUGAAGGACCCUCGGCACGAGUGUGUGCUCUUCUGCAACGAGUUCCAGCGAUACGCCUACUGCCCCAGAGAGAAGGGCGAGGCCCAGGACAAGUGGCAGACCAGGUGUGUGUAUAAUGCAGCCGUGUGGUACUUUGAUCACCUGGCGGGGCUGAAGCCAGUCGUGAUGAUUACGGAGGAUUCUGCAGCUGUGAGCGAGUACAGCAGCCUGAACUCAGGGGUCUACGUCAUCUCCACCCAGGAGUACCUGCAGAGUUUCUGGCCGGACCUGCAGGCUGCGCAGGAGCUGCACGGCUCCAUCUCGCAGGCACUGCAUGAGCGGGAGAGCGAGGGGCAGGAGCGUCAGUACACCGAGCACCUGCCCCCCGAGGUGCUGGAGGCAGGGAUCAAAUCCGGCCGCUACAUCCAGGGCACCCUGAGUGUGAACAAGCACAGGGCACAGCUUGAAGCCUUUGUUCGGGUUGAGGGCUCUACAAACAAGUGUUCAGAGCUGAACAGCGACGUGCUGGUGUGCGGCAGUAAGCUGCGGAACCGGGCGGUGCACGGGGACGUGGUGGCGGUGGAGCUGCUGCCGAAGGGGGACUGGCGCGGGCGCAACACGGCGCUAGCGGAGGGCGAGGCCGAGGACCGGGCGGGGGAGGAGCCUCAGAGCCUGCCCAUGCCCACUGGCAGGGUGGUGGGGGUCCUGCAGCGCAACUGGAGGGACUACGUGGUGACGUUUCCGCCGCGGGAGGAGGUGCAGUCUCAGAGCCACGCCUCCCAGCGCAUCCUGGUCACGCCCUGGGACUACCGCCUGCCCAGGAUACGCAUCAGCACCCAGCAGGCCGAGACCUUGCAGGGCCUCAGAGCCAUCGUGCGGCUGGACUCCUGGGAGAGCACGUCUCUGUACCCAAACGGACACUUUGUGAGGGUGCUGGGCAAGGCCGGGGAGCUGGAGACCGAGAUCCAGACCAUCCUCACCGAGAACAACAUCCACGUAGCGCCGUUCUCCGAAGCACAGUUGCGGGAGAUGCCGGUGAAUUCAGAGGAGAGCCCCUGGCAGGUGGAGGCGGAGCAGGUGGAGGCGAGGCGGGACCUGAGAGAAACCCACCUGGUGUUCAGCAUCGACCCGAAAGGCUGCGAGGACGUUGAUGACACGCUGUCUGUGUGCGCGCUGCCCGGGGGGGAGGAGCUAGAGCUGGGCGUGCACAUCGCCGACGUCACUCACUUUGUCAGGGAGGGGUCUCUGACUGACCUGGAGGCCCGGUCCAGGGCCACCACAUACUACCUGGCUGACCGGCGCUACGACAUGCUGCCCCCAGUGCUGAGUGCUGACCUGUGCUCUCUGCUGGGUGGUGUGGACAGGUACGCCAUGAGCGUGCUGUGGCGGCUGGACGCACGGUCGCUGGCGGUGCGGAAGGUGUGGUUUGGCCGCACGCUCAUCCGCUCCUCAUACCAGCUGCACUACGAGCUGGCGCAGAGCCUGCUGAACGGCGACCAGGGGGCGGAGCCUUCAGAACUGGCCGCCCUGGGCGCGGCCGAGAAGGGGCGGAGACUGGACGAGCUGCGGGAGGCCCUGCAGCUCCUGACGCAUGUCGCCAGGCUCCUGCGGGCGCGGCGGGAUGAGGGCGGGGCCCUGGAGCUGGAGGGCGUGGAGGUGCGGGCCCAGUUGGACGCUGAUGGGAACAUCUCUGCCCUGGUGCCCCGCCAGCCGCUGGAGGUCCACGAGACCGUGGCGGAGUGCAUGAUCUACGCCAACCACUGGGUGGCGCGCAAGAUCCAGGAGAGCUUCCCCCACCAGGCCCUGCUACGCCACCACCCCGCCCCUCGGCAGGAGUUCUUCUGCCAGCUGAUCGACAGCGCCAAGGCCCUGGGAUUUAGCAUUGACACACGGUCCAACAAGGUUCUGGCGGAUUCUCUGGACCGGGCCGUGGACCUGGAGGACCCGCUGGUGAACCGGCUGCUGAGAAUGAUGGCCACGCAGGCCAUGUCCAACGCCCUGUACUUCUCCACCGGAGCGCUCCCUGUGGACCAGUACGAGCACUACGGUCUGGCUCUCGACAGAUACACCCACUUCACCUCCCCGAUCCGUCGCUACGCGGACGUCAUCGUGCACCGCCUGCUCACUGCCGCCAUCGAGAAGGAGAAAGGGGUGGAGCCAAAGGAGCCCCCAGCCAAUAACAAGGAGCUGGAGGCACUCGCACACCAUAUCAACGACAAGAACAGGGCAGCACAGCAGGCUCAGAAGCAGUCCACGGAGCUCUUCCAGUGCCUGUACUUCAAGGACAAGGACCCCGACAGGGAUGAGCGCUGUGUGGCCAACGCCGUCGUCUACGCCGUCCGCGCCAACGGCCUGCUGGUCUUCAUCCCGCAGUAUGGGGUGAAAGGUCCGGUGUACCUGAAGAACAGGGAGGGUCAGGUGGUCAGUGUGCAGCAGGACGGGAGCUGUGAGUGGCAGUCUGGAUCACUGCAGAGACGCACCGACCGGAUCAGCUGCAGUACUGCUGCCGGCACACACACCUUCUGCCUGUUUCAGCACAUUACUGUGCGGAUCUCUGUGCAGUCGUCACGGUGCCAUGCAGACCGCUUGUGGCUGGAGGUCGUCAGCAGCCGGCCGCACCAGGCUCCGGCCAAGCAGAGCGAGGGGGCGGAGCAGGGGGCGGGGCACGGCCGGGCUGAGCUGGUGCAGGAGGUGGUGCGCUGGGCGGAGGAGGAGUCGCAGAAGCAGGCCGAGGGGCGGGCCGCGGCCCCGAAACUGUCCCGGGAGGAGAGGGAGUUCCGGCAGACCCGCACGCCCAACCUGUACACCCUCCUGCAGGAGAUCCAGGAGCUGGCGCUAGUGGACGUGUCCUCCUGCGAAAACGCCGCGACUGCACUGGAACCGCCCGCCUGCACCACAUCCGCCUGACUGGAGACAGAAGCCCCAAAAACAAGUGGAGCUAUCAAACAUCAUCAACAACUGAUUUUAACCAAUCGUGGCCUUUCGGAUGCGGAGAGCAAAUAGUUCCAAUUGGUUCAUGUGAGCCAGUGAUUGACAGUGUUGUAGCACAACCUAUUCAUGGGGUCAUGAAGCCUCCCGUUCCCAUCAUUAUAUCUGACCCCUGCCCCGACUCAGAGCCUCCCCAGGGGUCAGAUAUAAAAGCAGCGUGUGCUGCAGAACGUACCAGGAACCAAAAUACAUUUUAUUCAGGGGGUCACAGACUUUCAUUAAGGACAGUCUUAAAGAAGCAUUUAAUUCCCACUGGUUCCCACAGGUUACCCAUCUGGGUGUUAACUGGGGGUGGGGGAGUGAGAAGGAGAUGGGAGGAUUCUCACAUGUAGUUUUAGUUGUUUUGAUUAAAACCAUAACUUGGGUCUCAGAGCAUGUUUUCCCCCCUAGUGACAGAAUGAAUUAUAGCACUGUUUUCUAUUUAUCAGCAAGUAGUGCUUUUACAGAAAGUAUAUUUUUGUAAGCUUAUGGAAUAUUCUAGACAUUGAGCUGGGUUUUUUUAAAAGCCAAAGGCUAUUGUCCCAGGUGGCUCAUUGUGUUUAAGCAAACUCCAGGUCUGUAGGUCUGUAGCUCCGGGCUCCAGGUUUGAGCCAUGGCCUCGGCCUCAGCUAUGCUGUCAGUCCACAGUGGCGGAACACUGUUCCGCCAGGAGCAGGGUAGGCUUAAACAGGCCAAGGUCCUGAGACGCUAGUUAAUCUGUACAACGGGCCAGGCGUCCACACCAUAACAGCUGUCUAACAGACAAAUGCACUUGCUGCUGGCUCUGUGACUGACUUACUGUGUGGACUGUAAGUGUGACACAGUCACUGCGUUGCAUGGGUUAAGCAUCUGGUCCUUGUGUGCAGGUGCGCAUCAAACGGAAAUAAAUGUGGGGGGGGGGGGGUCUAAUGUUUUUAAAAUUAAAAUAAAAGGUUUUUUCAUGCCUCAGGGAUUUUUGCAGGUAAAGCACAAGAUGUGACAGCAGCCUGAGCUGCGUUAAAUGUAGUUUUUGCGGUGUCAAGCAAUGCAUCAUGUUAAGGAUCAUCUGCUAUAACACUUUUUUUUUUGUUUAUACACCUUUGAGCAUCUCUUCUCAAAAGUCCCUCUCCUGUCAGGGAAAGAGAGGUCGUAUUUUUAUGGCUUGCCCAGAGGGUGUUUACUGUACUCUUUCCAUCACGGAAAGCAGAUGGCGUGUUUGCCUUCCGCAUUUUAGGCAGGUCUUGACGCGCGCCGUUGAGGAAAAUUUCCAUGGAAACCUGGGCCUGGGUCUGUCAUCCGAGGGCUCUGAAAUCCUGCGGUUUGGGUGGAGGAGGAGGGGGGGACAGGGCUUCCCAGAAUUCCGCUUUCCUGAGUGAGUGUACUGAGGGACUGCCAGCCGGCCAGCCAGACAGGCAGGCAAGGGAAAGAACUGCGGCUUCACAGAAACCUUCUCUUUCUCUCUUUCUUUCUGUGUGUACGUUUACACGCACACUCAUAUUUCAAUAUUACUCUGAAUAAGACAAUACCCUGAAUAUAGGUCAUUUAAAUGGAAUAUUCUGAUUAAAUACCCAGAAUAUGGCAUAUUCAGAUAUUAUACGGAUGUUGUUUAUGGUCAGCGCUGCUGUUACUAGGCUACCCAUUGCAUUAAUAUGAGUCAGACAGCUAGUAGGGUGGAAGGCCCUGCAAAAAAAAAAAAUUUUGGAUGGAUGGAGAAAUUAUCCUUUUAAAAAUUUAGAAAGUUAAAUCAAAUGCAUAAGGGAUGUACAUGGCCACUUUACGUUUAAUCAGUCUAUGAAUGGCUGCAUGUCCAGAUGUAUUCGAAACCCUUAAAAACUAUUUUUAUUGAAUAAUAAUUUAAUAGAGUUUUUUCAUCAAAAAUGUUCAAUAAAGUUCUGAAAAUGGCUUAUUAUAGUAGCAUCUAUACACCUUUACCUUCAUUUAGAAUGCCAGAAUCGUUGAAUAUGCAAAUUUGCAACGCUUGCUGCAGUGGUCCGGGGAUAUAUAGUAGGCACGGCAUCCGGAUUCAAAAUCAGUUUCUUCGCCAAACCCAUCCACUUCUGCAUGAGGUUCUGGAAGCAGUCAUCUGUAAAAUGUGAGCUACAAACACAGAUUCCCUUUAUGCUGUCCGGUACAUCCACGCAAAUUUUAUAAACAAAUUCCACACAUUUUUGUUUUAGAAUGGGCUCCUUUGGUAACAAGUACCGGAUUGCAUCCUAAAACUGUGCAGUCUGCCAUGUUCAAUGCACCAACGGUCACAAUAAUGUCACUAGUCAGCUUUCUGUGUGCUAAGGUUUCAGUUUACCACAUCACUCUCCUGGAAUUUUCUCACAAAUUUUGCUUGUACUGCACUUUUCCAACUCAGAUUUCAGGGAAGUACAGAGAAGCUUUCUAUCUGCAGUGGAGGAAUGUGAAAAAGGCACUCUGGAGAUAACUUGUGCAGGAAAAUCAAUCUGUAUAGUGAAAAUGAGUAGAGGAGGUCAUUAAAGGAACAUUGAUUUCUCAGUAGCCAUGCAAACAGCUUAUUUGGAAUAUUGUCUUUUUCAGAAUAAUGGCAAUAACCAGAAUAUUGUGUGCAUGUAAAUGCAGUCUGUCUCACACAUACUGAACAAACUCGUGUUUAUCUUUUUUCCCCCUUGUCUCGUCUUUGUAAUUAUUUCUUAUUCAAAGGUCUAUUUAAGAUUUAGCCACCAGUUUGUAAUUUUGGGUACUCAAAGGCAAAACAGGAGUUGAGGGGUCUAAUCAGUAAAAUAGAGGGCUUAGAAUAGUAAUGUUAGGGUAUGAAUGGCUCAUUUACAGGUUAUGAUUAAUAAUUUUAGGGUACCUGUUGAGUGGAUGGUCAGACUCUGGAUUGCUUGGCGGGUGGGAAGAGAUAUGUUUGUGUCUUUGGCCUAGCCCACAAUUCACCUGAAGGGCUGUUAUCGUAGGAAAGCAGCUGCUUUUCCAGUGUUGGUCCCUGUGUGAGUAUACACACUACUGCAGGUCAAAAAAAACAAACAAACACAUGUCUGUUUUGAAUUGAGAAACAGUCCCUAACAUUGCAUUAAUUUAGCAGACAAUAAUCUACAGUGACUUUCAAUGCGAGUGAACAUAGGUACAGCACUUCCACUGGAGUUAUAUUAGCAACAGUGACAUAGACCUUGCUAACAACAUCCCCAGACCAGACAGAGCUUUGCGACACCUCUAAAGCGACACCUGUUGAAAGCUGUUCGGCCCUAAAACAAGUCCUCCAAACAAAGGCUGCAAUAAAAUGUGAACUCCCGUGCCAACACAACUCCUCCCCAACUGCUUUUGGAAAGCUGGAACAGGUUUGUCAACUGAACCGUAGAGACUGCAGGCCCGCAGAACUCCAGUCGUGCCAACUGUUCCUGCUAGUGCCCUCACCCGCCUCCCGAAGGACCACGCACACAAUGCGCCAUCUCCAUGGAAACAUAAGGCUGCUUUAAAAACAUCAAAACAUUAACCUCCUCUUUGCCAGGGAUGUGGAAGGAUGAGCCAUACAAUAAGGAGCAUCCACCGAUCGGGUGUACUGUAGAGUAGGGAUCUCAAUCUCGAAUCCUGGAGAGCUACAAGCGUCUGCUGUUUGUCAGUGUGUUCCGUUAGUUAAUGUAAGUCAUUGAUUGGCUAAAGACUAUGCACACCUUGUUUCCAUGGCAUAAUUUGGCUGCUGACUGAAAGGAAACCAUAAAAAUGUGCUGACACAGUGCCCUCCAGUGCGGCAGUUUGACACCCCUGCUAUAAAGAUAGGGUGGUUGUAGAAAUACUAUACAGAAACUAGGCUAUACAGAGAGGGUGCCAGUUAAACCGUAGAGAUAGUGAGGGGGUCCUCCACCCUGAUUAUGGUGGGCAGCAGGCCUGGUUUUCUACCUGACCCUUUGCACAGUAGGUUUUUUGGAAAUCUUUUUUCUUUUUUGUUUUCAAAAUUAUAAGUCAGUGUUAGUCACUAGAACUCCAUUGCUUUCAGUUACCAGUACUGACUGAUACAUUAGAACAUUCUAAGAACGGUUAAGAACAUUCUAAUCAUAUAUUUGCGAUCUUAUACCUUAAAGGGUUAAAAUCAGUAACCAGUUCAGACUCUGUAAUCCCUGUGAGGUGAGUUAACUGUGUAGUCAGCAGCCUUAAUUGAUCAGUCAAUAGCUGAGAAACAAUGAAAAGCAGCAGACAGCAGACACGUGGGCUGCUGGAAUGAGCGCUGAGAACUGCUGCUGUAGAGAGGGGGAGGGCUGCACCCUAUGCAGGUACAUGUGGGGGAGGGGUGGUGUGCAGAAGCGUGAGUAAAGAUCGUGCCAGCUGCAAAGUUCACUGUGUACAGCCAAUACGCCACCAUGACAACAGGAACCCGGGUGGGGGCUGGGGGUGGAGUCCCAGCUCCCUCUCAGCUUUACUGACGGUGAAUCCUAUUCAUCUUGAGAACCUUGUUUUUUAUUCAUUUAUCCAUUUACUUACCUGUUUUAUCUACCAGACCAUUAUCUUUUCUCAGUCCUCACCCUAUCCAAGAGAAACAUGAGUCAUAGUCAGCCUCCCACCCCAAAUUGAUUAAUUACAUAAUUAAUGAAUAUGAAUUUAGUAAUUAACAAUUAAUUCAUUAUUUAACUUAAUGCCCAAUUCAGUAAGCAAUUAAUUCAUGACAUGGUGCCUUUCAAGAAUUGCAAAUGCUUUCCUUUGAAUGGUGGGUGAUGCAACCGUUUUGCAUUUGCACAUACCACACAGUAGCCUGGGGUUUAUAUUCAUUAAACUGGAGGGAUGAAUAGAGGGCCAGAUGAAACUUACGCCUGAUUUACACCAGGAGCAGAGUGGACGGUCUGUGGCGUCUGCGUCAUUUCGGGACCCAUGCUGGUAGAUCACAGCUUCUAUACCGGCGAGGAGCACGGCUAGUAUGAAAGCUGAGAUCCACUAGCGUGCGCGCCACACGCCGAAGGGAAGCAAACACCACACAGUGUCUGUUCCGCAUGCGCUGCGCCCCUGGUGUGAGUCUGGCGUUAGAAUUUGUCCAGUACACUGGACGAUCCUCCACUUGUAUUAACGGGUACCAUUAAUGGCUGGAGAAAAUUAGCACCUCAUUUUCACAUCCCUUCCAAAACACCUGCAGCUUUACCACUAAAAUGUGUUUUUGAAACAUA